AUGAUUUCAAAACCGUGGGUUGAAAAAGCCAAAAGCGCGCGCGACUAUCGCGACGAGACUCUGAGCAAAGUUGAUCCUCCGCUUGAGCCUCUCCCAGAUCCUCUACCACUUUCCUCUCAAGAUUUACCCAAGAAGUAUCUCACGCCACGUGAAUAUGAACUCACCCAGAAUUAUGACGCGAUUGAGCUCCUCGAGAUGCUGCGGAGCAAGAAGCUCACGUCGGAAGAGCUGACCAGGGCAUUCUUGCGGAGGGCUGCUCUGGCUCAGUACGCGGUCAAUUGCGUGACUGAAUUGAUGUGGGACGAGGCUGUUGAGAGGGCCAAGUAUCUCGACUCCCUCCCUGAACCUAUCGGUCCGCUUCAUGGGCUCCCCAUCUCAGUCAAAGAGCAUCAUGGGAUGAAUGGGAAGACCAACCACGCUUCCUAUGUGGCGUGGAUUGGCCAGCCUUGCGACCGAAAUCCGCUGAACGAUUACUUGUAUGAUGCUGGUUGCGUCUUUUACGUUCGGACCACCGGCCCUCAGACAUUGAUGGCUCUUGAAUGCGAAAACAAUAUUUAUGGACGAACUGUCAAUCCCUGGAACCGAAACUUGACACCAGGCGGUAGUAGCGGCGGAGAAGGUGCGCUUGUUGGAUUCCGUGGUAGCGUUUGGGGACUUGGCGGAGACAUUGGAGGCAGUGUAAGAGCACCAGCCAGCAAUUGUGGUGUCUAUGGUUUCAAGCCAACCUCGAAACGCAUCCCGUUGAAAGGGAUGAAGCACACCAUGGACGGAAAAGACUCCAUCCUCGCAACUUUUGGCCCACUUACCCAGAGCCGGGAGACAAUCAAUUUGUUCAUGAAAGUCAUCUUGGACAACGAGCCAUGGCGAUAUGAUCCAUCUCUCACAGUGAAAAAAUGGACCCCGGAAACGCUCACUGAGCCUCUCAAGAUUGCCAUUGAAUGGUCUGAUGGAGUGGUCAAACCCCACCCUCCCAUGAUUCGGGCCUUGAAGGUGGUCGCCGACGCAUGUAAAGCGGCAGGGAUGGAAGUCGUCGACUGGGAGCCAUAUAAGCAUGACAAGGCCUGGGAUAUCGUGUCGGGUCUGUAUUUCCCAGACGGCGGCGAAAUGAUUCUGGCGCCGCUGAAAGAGAUUGACGAACCCAUUCUCCCGCUGAUCAAGUUCAUCACCGAGGAGCAGCCGAACGUCAAGAAUCGGACCAUGCACGAAUACUGGGAUCUGUGCGUUGAAAGAGACAACUACCGCGAGGAAUAUGCCGCUCACUGGAGUAAAACCGCCGACUCCGGUAUGGAAGUUGACGUUAUCAUCUGUCCUGCAACGCCAGGUGCAGCGCCGCUACAUGACACGGCAAGAUAUUGGCCGUAUACCAGUCAAUGGAACCUGCUGGACUUCCCAGCAGCUAUAUUUCCUGUUACGUUUGUGGACGUAGAGAAGGAUAAAAAAGAGGAAGGAUAUGUUCCGAUGAACGAGCAAGACAAGUAUAACUACGACUUAUAUGAGCCAGAGAAAUGGGUUGGUGCACCGGUAAGCUGUUGCAUUGUCGGGAGGAGGAAUAUGGAUGAGAAGGUCAUGGCGGCGCUGGAGGCGGUGGAGAAGGCCAUGGGGAGAAAAUAG